AUGAAGCUCCGCGCCGUUUGGGAAGAACACAGAACAGUCUGGUUCUGGCAGAAGCUACAAAAAUGGAGGCAGAGCAGUUAAAGAAGAGAGUGGAAGAGCUAGAAAAAGCUCUGAAACAAAGCAGAGAACGAGAGGCGGAGAUGAGAGCGGAGGUGGAGAGAGUUUGGCGGAGAUUAAGAAUUGCAGAGGAGGCGGAGGAGAGGCUGUGUUCGCAGCUGGGGGAGCUUGAAGCUGAAGCUGUUCAUCAAGCUCAUCUUUAUAAUACUCAUUUACUCUCUCUAAUGGAUCAGCUCUCUCUGCCACUUUCAUAUUCAUCGAAUGUGUAAUUAAGUUUUUAAUUCUGUUUUCGGUUUGUAAAUUUUUGUUUCUGUGAAUUUAAAGUUGAUUUCAGGGUGAUUCCACAUAAAUUUUCGUUUCUUGUUCUUUUCAAUAAAUUGUUAUGGAAUUUAGUUUUAGUUGUGAUAGUGUGUUGUUUAUAAAUUUUUAAUUAUUCUUGGGCGAUCAAUUGUACCGUUUCUUGGUUCUUUUCAAGUUAAUUCAGUAUUGCUGUUGUUUCUUGGUUUA